AUGAGCGGCAAAGGCCGAGUGCCUGUGCCGGAUGCGUGGGAAGAUGACUGGGAGACUCUGGCAGAUAAGCCAGCCGAGCCCGCGAAACCCGAGCCUGCUCCCAAGCUGACCAAGGCCGAGCGACGAGCACAGCAUGUCGAGCAGCAGAAGCAGCUCUGGGACUCAGCAGACAAUCCCGACAGGUUCCACUGGCUCGAAACCCAGGGUGUUGUACCACUCAAGCAGGAAUUCAAGCAGCCCGUCACGCUGCUGGCGCGAAAGCCGCCCACCAUCGCAAAGAAAAAUACUGCCGAGGGAAUCGCAAAGCUCAAUCUGCAAGAUGAAGAAGACAGCGAGGAAGAGCGACGGAAGGUGCGCGAGAGCGACUUUGAAGAGCGCCAGCGUAAGGCAAAGAUAGAGCGCGCCGAGAAGGAGCGUCGAUACGCAGAGGCGAGGGAAAGAAUCAUGGGCUCGAACAGUCAGUCACCAGCGUCCAAUUCCAGAGAAAGCUCGCAAGCUCGAGAUAAUCGACGCGGAAGAGGAGGCAAGACCCCCAGUCGCAGGAGCCAGCCGCAUUCUCCUGCUGAGCAUUCACCCGCUCGACAGCCUGGUGCGGACAACAAGCUCUUCGACCCAGACGACAUGAGCAGGAGAUUGGCGCCCAAGAGGGAGCUGAAUAGCACCGUCAAAGAGGAUCAACCACUUCGACAGCCUCGUGGCCCAGAUCAAAGCGGACGGGGCGGAUUUGGAUUUGGAAAUCGUGGCGGUCUUCCCUCAUGA